AUGCGAUAUCGAACGCCACCGCUACCCAGUACAAAAACAAAGGUCCAGCAAUUCGAUAUUCCAUAUUUCCGUCGAGCUGCCAUAAAGGCUUCAUGUCGAGUCUUAGUUAAAAAUUCCGACAAAGUCAUACCAGUCCCCUUCAAACACGUCUUAGCUUGCCAGAUCUUGUUCUUCACCUCUAACUCACACAACUUAAUCAAGAUUGGUCUUGGUUUGUCAGAAGAAGAACCGUUUUUAAAAUUAAUAAAAAACAGCCGCGCAACGCCCACCCUCCAACCACGCAACCAAUCGCCGAUCACCGUGAGGGUGACAAACGACCAUAUUGCGAGGCUCUCUAUUAUUAGAGAGCAGGCUUAA